AUGGAUAAAAUGAGAAAUCUUACAAAAUCGGGGAUCGACAUGGGCUUCGACCUGGCGUUUCCUCCGACCGGUGCACGGGACAAGGACGACGAUGCAGUACUGGAGCUCGAGUACAGCGACGACCUCGAGCGGGCGCUGGCGCUCAUACCCGCGAGCCAAGAGUUCAUGUACUACGAGCUCAAAAGCCGCGCGCCCGACACCGCCAGUCCACCGACAUUCAAGACAGCAACGCCGACGUCGCGCACUCAAUUGAAGCUCCAGUUGAUGCGCGAGCAACUUCAAGAGCAGGAGCGUCGCGAAGCCGAGUUUCGACAGAGCUUGCAGCAACAGAGGCCGGCAGCGGCACCCCCCAGACCUGUGCCACCCACGAGUAUGCCUACCAUCGGCGUCGAUGUGCCACCGCAAGUUCUCCAGGUGCGAACACUGCUGGAGAAUCCAACGCGCUACCACGUCGUGCAAAAGCAAAAGAACCAAGUGCGCCAGUACCUCCACGAGUCGUUUCGCUCCAUGUCGGCCAACCUAUCGAGCUCGUCGUUGGACGGUUCCGCGACGACAACAACGACGGCAGGCAGCGAUAGCCACGGUAGUUUGGACACAGCAUCGGCCCACCAGGCCCCAACGAUACUCGACACGGGUCCAAUGACGGUACACAGCGCGCCACCCGAUCCUAUGGUGCAUUUGAUCGAACAACAACAACAGCAUCCACACCUCACCUCGUACCCACACGCACCUAGUUUACUGCCAGGGAAGGGACAACACGUGGAACCCAGUCCGGAUCUCACGACGGGCGCCAUGUCGCCGAGUCUGAGUAGCAUUGCUACUAGUAAUUCGGAGGCGGAGGAUCUUCUGGACGACAUACUCUCGUUCGAGGCAGGUUCUCUGGGCGAUGGGUUGAAGGACGGUCAGUCCGGUAGUUUGACGGGUAGUCUGACGAGUUUGACGGAUCUGUCGGUAAAGCACGAGCCUCUUUUACUCACCGACGCGGAAGUCCACGCGCUCGCCAAGGACAGACAGAAAAAGGACAAUCACAAUAUGAUCGAGCGAAGGCGGCGCUUCAACAUCAACGACAGGAUCAAGGAGCUCGGCACCCUCCUACCCAAGACCAACGACCCCUACUACGAGAUCGUAAGGGACGUGAGGCCGAACAAGGGCACGAUCCUGAAAUCCUCGGUGGAGUACAUAAAGCUGCUGAAGAACGAGCUUUCGCGCAUGAAGCAAAACGAACUGAGGCACAAACAGAUAGAGCACCAGAAUCGCCGACUCCUGCUGCGUAUCCAGGAACUCGAGCUCCAAGCCAAAGCCCACGGGCUCCCCGUCACGGAUAUCACCUGGGGGUCCUCCUCAGCAGGCCUUCUCAAUUCGUACGCUAAGAGCAGGCACGAGCAACGGAAGCUGAUGUUCCAACUGCCGGACAUAGUGACGGAGGACGCAAGCACCGGCGCCCUGAGCAUGUCCCAACUCGAGGAUCUCAUGGAGGACGACACUGCCGGACCAGUGCACGGCGGCGACCCUAUGCUGUCGUCGCCUCACCUACCGCCCCUCAGCCCGCCCUGCCACCACCACUUGGCUCCCGACGAGGACACCCUCGGCAGCCUGGCGCCCACAACCUCUAACUCGUCCUCCGACAUGGACAUCGUUGCGUAGCCCCCACCUACAUACUGCUCCACUCUUGUUCAUUCAUUAUCCAUGAAGAGCAUGUUUAUAGCACAACAGGUAAUAAGAGAAGAUUGGAAAGUAUCCCUUAACCCUUUUAAAAAAUAUGCACAUGUAAGGGAAGAGACAAAGCUACGAGGCAUAUCACGUGACUCCCGCCGAUCAUCCAAAAUUAAUUUCCCUGCUCAAGACGCUGCGUAGUGACACUAGUGGUAUUGCAGCAGCUCCUUUGUGGUGGUCAAACGCACAGGACGAAGACACGCGCGGCCAAUAACAGCCCAAAGGGAUUCCCGGAGGGCUUCCGAUUUCACCUUUGACCGAGAGAGGAAAAUACCUUCCCCCUUUUCGUUAGCGUCCCCUCAACACGUCCUCGUAUUGGCAUUCUCGCGUGUGAUAUCCGGUGGUUGGUCUCGUUGUCCGUCACCACCACGGCUUUUCUCGGAUUUUUCGGUGGCAGUUCGGUGUCACCUUUAAAAUGUAAAAUCAUGGUCAUUAUUUUCUCGGGAAGUAGGGGCCCUGAAAAAUUUUUCCGAAUCAGCUGUUGUUAGGAGGGAAAGAAAGAAAAAAAAAAAAAAAAAAAAAAAAAAA